GAGGGGAUAUGCGUCCCGUCCUCCCCGAAGCUCCAGCCACAAAUCAAAACCCCCCGCACACGUACCGGUGGCUCUCCUUUCUCCCUCCCGCCCCUGUCACGCCGACCGGUGGGCCCCCUUUGCGCGCACUUCCACCCCCUUCGCCUUCGGCUCAAAUUUCUUCCUCUUCUUCUUAUUAUUCUUCUUCUGCUUCUUAAGCCGACAUUCGCAUCGGCCGACCUGCUGCUUCCGUCCUUGCCCUCCGCCCUCCGGCCCCUGCAAUUUCACACAAACGUGAAUGAUGGCUCUGCCGUUCCCCACAAGCGGCGGUCCUACCGCCACUGCCGCCACCGCUUCCUCCUCGUCUUCCUCCAGUUUCCAUGGCUUCCCCCUUCCACAAGGUGCCUGCCGCCCUCCGCUUCCUCCUCUCACGGCUCUCAAGCACUUCUCGUAUUCGAGGGCCGAGCUCGAAGGCCCUGGCCGCAAAGCAGAAGAGACGAAAGAGAAUCUGAUAGAUACUAAGUUGAGACCCGGUAGGGACCACGGCAGCAGGGAAAAGAAGAAGGAGAAGGUGGUGCCGCUCUCGUUGGAGGGCGUGAAUCCGGUGGGUCUGGGCCGCAAGUCCCGCCAGAUGUUCGACGAAGUAUGGCGCAAGUUCUCGGGCCUGGGCCAGAUAUCCAGGACGCCCUCGACCACUGCCGCCGACGGCGACAGCGCCCUGCUCGAUUCCGUCCUCAUCCGCGGUGGGCCCAUGUGCGAGUUCAGCAUCCCCGGCGCCCAGGAGACCACCGUGCUCGUCGUCGGCGCCACCAGCAAGAUCGGUCGUAUCGUCAUUCGCAAGCUGAUGCUCAGAGGCUACAACGUCAAGGCUUUGGUAAGAAAAGCUGAUCCGGAAGUGAUUGAUAUGCUUCCAAGGUCUGUGACCAUAGUUGUUGGUGAUGUGGGCGAUCUUUCAACGUUGAAGGCUGCUGUUGAAGGUUGCAACAAGAUCAUAUAUUGUGCUACGGCACGCUCUGCUAUUACUGGGGACCUAAAUAGAGUUGAUAACCAAGGAGUACGAAAUGUCACCAAGGCGUUUCUGGAUUACAACAAUAUGCUUGCACAGUUAAGGGCUGGUAAGAGUAGCAAAAGCAAACUCUUGCUUGCUAAAUUUAAAUCUGUUGAAUCACUGGAUGGUUGGGAGGUUCGCCAAGGGACUUAUUUUCAAGAUGAUGUUGCUGCUAAAUAUGAUGGGGGAAUGGAUGCAAAAUUCGAAUUCACAGAGUCAGGAGAUGCUGUGUUUUCAGGAUAUGUUUUUACAAGAGGCGGCUAUGUUGAGUUGUCAAAACAACUCUCUCUCCCUCUUGGUUCCACCCUUGACAGGUAUGAUGGCUUGCUCCUCUCUGUUGGUGGAAAUGGAAGAUCAUAUGUUCUUAUCCUUGAGGCUGGUCCGCUAGCUGAUACUUCUCAAAGCAAAAAGUAUUUUGCUCGAAUGACCACAAAGGUUGGCUAUUGUAGGGUUAGAAUACCAUUUUCAUCCUUUCGACCAGUGAAACCAGAAGAUCCUCCUUUAGAUCCUUUUCUUGUACAUACACUAACCAUACGUUUUGAACCUAGAAGACAGAAACCUGUCGAUGGACCUGGAGGAAGCAAGCAGGAUCCAAGAAGCUUCAAAUUGAUAAUGGAAUACAUAAAAGCCUUACCUGACAAGGAAACAGGGAAGGAGCUUCUUCGAUGUCCUAGCUCGGGAACAUCACUUUAUCCAAUUUCUUCUAGACUUGCAAGUGUAGGGAAUAAGCAACAACUAGCUCUUAUUGCAUCUAGAUUUAGUGGAGAUGUCUGGCAUAGACGGUUAGGUCAUCCUAGUCUUCCUGUUCUUUCUACAUUUAUUAAAAAUAAUAAAAUUGUUUCUGAUUCUGCACUGAAAUUAUCUGUCUGCAAUGCUUGUAAUAUGGGAAAACAUGUUAAACUCUCAUUUCAUGAUUCAGAAUCUCAAUCUGCUUUUCCUUUUCAUAUUGUUCAUUCUGAUGUUUGGCAAUCACCUGUGCCCUCGGUUUCUGGAUACAAAUAUUAUGUUAUUUUUAUCGACGAUUAUUCUAGAUUUUCCUGGCUUUAUCUUUUAAAAUUUAAACAUGAAGUUUUUGACAAAUUUUUCGAGUUCAAGAAGAUGGUUGAAAAUAUAUUUCAUAGCUCAAUAAAAAUUUUUCAAUCUGACAAUGGUACGGAAUUUGUAAAUGACAAGUUUUCUAGUUUUUGCUCACAAAAUGGAAUUAUUCACCGAUUUUCUUGUCCUUACACUCCUCAACAAAAUGGCCUUGCUGAGAGAAAACAUAGGCAUUUAUCUAACAUUGUUAGAAGUCUACUAUUCCAAGCUGGCUUGCCUCCUCGUUUUUGGGCUGAGGCCAUUCAAACUGCUGUUUUUCUUGUAAAUCGACUUCCGUCUCUUACUGUUUUAAAUGGGCGGUCACCAUAUGACAUUCUCCAUGGUUGUGCUUCUCCUGACUUGCAACUUAUCAGAGUCUUUGGAUGUUUGUGUUAUCCCGAUGUUCAGGACAUUGCAGAUCACAAGCUCUCUCCCCGAUCACUUCCUUGUAUUUUCUUGGGUCUUUCUGACAAACAUAAGGGCUUUCGCUGCCUCUAUCCAAGCACUGCUUUUCAGGAUGCAGGUUGGCGUGCUGCCAUGGCUGAAAAAUUUGAUGCAUUACUCACCAAUGAUACUUGGGAGCUUGUUCCUGCUCCUCCUUCUGUCAAUCUUAUUGGCUGUAAAUGGGUCUACAAAGUCAAACAGAAGGCGGAUGGCUCUCUUGAGCGUCUCAAAGCUCGACUAGUGGCUCAGGGUUACAAACAACAACAAGGCAUUGAUUUUGAUGAGACUUUUUCUCCGGUUUUCAAGUCGACCACUAUUCGUACUGUUCUUUCAGUCGCUCUCUCCUCUGGAUGGUCUCUCCGACAACUUGAUGUGAAGAAUGCCUUUCUUCAUGGCACUCUCUCUGAGGAGGUUUAUAUGAAACAACCACCUGGCUUUGUGCAUCCUUCGCUUCCUAGUCACGUUUGCCGCCUACGUAAAGCAAUAUAUGGUCUCAAACAAGCUCCUCGGGCUUGGUUUCAGCGCUUCACUUUUCUUUCUGAGAUUGGUUUUGUUGGUAGCACUGUUGAUCCCUCAAUGUUUGUUGUCAUUCUUCCUCUGGCACUCUUGUUCUUCUCUUGUAUGUUGAUGAUAUUAUUGUCACCGGCAGUUCCUCAUCUCUUCUCGAUGCUCUUAUCGUUACUUUACAACGUGAAUUUGCCAUGAAGGAUCUCGGACCGCUGCAUUAUUUUUUGGGUAUUGAGGUUCAUCGCUCUCCAUCUGGUCUUCAUCUAUCUCAACAAAAAUAUGCGCAUCAAUUGCUUCAGCGACAUGGUUUUCUUGACAGUAAG